UAGGACAUAUAUUUUCUACGAUUAAUAACUUUUUUUUAUAAUAGAUAUUUUAUAUUGCAAUUAAUCAAUUUGAUCAAAAUCUCUUGUUAAAAAGAAAAAAUGAAAUUGAUCAGAGACAACUUAUAUACUUUACAGACUUGUUAUAAUUAUUUUGUAAUUAAGAGAUACCGUUUCCCGUAAUUUAUAUUUAUUCGCUCCGAAUUUGCUCAAAGCGAGACUUUUACAUGUCAGAUGUUAACAGAUUUGCAUCCUUCCCUCGAUCAUUUUCCAUAGAAUUGUCAAACACUCUUGAAAGACUCAAGGAUAAGUCCUUUGUUGUCAAGCUAUUGCUGUAAAUUCUGGGACACUCAGUGUCGAACAUUCCACGUGAAAUCAGAUAGAAUAAAGCCAAACGUGUGGCCAGACUGCUCCCACGUUAAGGAGAGAUCCUGAGCGAGCAUAAGGCUGCAAUAAGUCGACGCAGAGUUGCGCCGGAGACGAGGACGAGCGUACAGCUGUACGCGUACUUAUUUAUAGUAGCGUUGAACUUUUGAACGCUCCACUUUGAACAUUUCGAAACGCUACGCAAACCGCGAACGAUCGAAAAUGUUGAACAUUGGAGCGUAAUAUGUAAAUAUCACGUAUGUACUGAACACGAUAUAUGAUUAAUAACGACGACUGUAACUGGUGAGAGAGAGAGAGAGAGAGAGACGAAUUAAUGUAUAUGUAUGCAUGUGUGCGAUUUGUAUGAGUACGCGGAGUGACAAAAAACGAUUACAGUGUCAUAAUGCUAAUCUACGAGGCAUAAUCCUGAAUUUUCAUCGUCGUAAAUCCUUAUAGAAGUCCUCCAUAGUUGCAUUACUCGGCGAUUGCAACGCGCACUUGUUGUUUUUGUUAUACUCACAACGAACUGCGGGAAUGAAUUGUCUAUGUUUCUUAUAAGGAUUGUAAUGAUAUAUAUCGCCGUUAGCGAAACACGUUUCAUCAACGGAAUGAUCCUCCUGCACUUCGGCUAUCCAUAGUGAAAUUUUGCUUUUAUUUCUUUCGAUACUCGUUUAAUUACAUUUAUUAAGAAUCUGUGGAUCUUGAGCUUUGAGGAUUUCUUAGUAUUAUGAAGACUAUAGAUGUUCUGGAAUGUUUUAAAUUUGAUCAAACCUUUCUCAUUUUUUUUAUCUUUGGAUCUGUAGAAAAUCUAUAGUCUUACAGUCUAUAUAUUUUUAAAACUUCAGAUUAUUCUUAUGAUUCUAUAUUUUUGAAACGCGUUGAGUUCUUUGAAUUCUGUGGUUUCUUUGAAUGAAGUCCUGUAUUUUUUCCGUUGUAUUGUACAUCUUGAAAAUCUUUGAAAUUUUAGAUUCUUGUAAUUUUAAAAACUUCCAGAUUUUCAUAGAAUUAAUAUUCCUAAGCUCUUGGAUUUUUAGAUUGUUUUCAAAUAUUUGAAUGUUUUUAAUCAAUCAAUUUAUUAUCAAUCUAAUCGUUUUAUUCUUGAUUUAUUUGAUUGUUUGUUUUUUCAAUUGUUAAAUCGAACACCAUCACAUUCUUUUGCUCUUUGAGCAAAUUCUCAAGUCUGGACUCUCAUUUAUGUACUUCCGUUCCCCAAAACUCCUGAUCCUUCAGUUAUCCGUUAUAUUGAAUUAUGACGAGAAAUCGUGUGAAUUCUUUAAAAUAAAUUUUUGUAAUAAAUAACGGUCGGAAUAACAAAAUUUAUACGUAUCAUAAUUCAAUAUAGCUACAGCGAGGAAAUAGGAGCCUUUUGGGAUGGAGUCUUUACAAAGCCGACUGAUUUAUCAUAAGUUUUGUAGUCAAUUUUCAACAUCACUUAACCGCAUAACUUCGAGGAGCGCCUCAUACACGAUCCGAUUAAUUGCUUAAAUCAGCAAAAUUCUUAAAAAAAAAAAAAAAUUCUCGCCGUUUCUACUGGAUCAUGUUGCGCGACUGUUUGAUUAUCUAUAGCAAUUGUAAAAGCAAGAAGAUGAUAUUUAAACUUACGUAUUGCUGUAGCAUUAGAUUCAACAUAGCGUGAUUAAUCGUAAGUGACAAGCGCGUGUAACAUAUAUAUGUUUGAUUUUAUAUUAUAAAUACUUCGAGAGAGAUAUAUUGAUAACUUGUUUUUUAAACGUUAUCGCAUACACACUUUUGCUGUUGCUUUUGUCGGAUCGUGUGUGAUUCGAGUCAUGUACAUGUUUCCAUUAAUUUGAGAUUGUUGUUUACGAGAGGAAAAAGAUAAUUGAGGUGGUAAGAGGAUGAUGAUAUGAUAAUGGAAGUACAUGCGAAACGGCAGCUUUUUAAUAUGUCUACGAAAAAUAUUGUCAAACAAUACUCUUGAACGUUUUAAUUAAAAGUAAUUCGUACGAUACAUAAAACCUGAUUUUUUAAUUUUUUACUCUUAAUAUUUAUGCAAGGGUAAGAAAUUUUAAGAUUCUCUGCUUUGCAUAAAAAUAUAUAUUUAUUAAAUACGUUUUUAUAAAAAACAAUUUUGACCUUUGGUUUAUAUAUGGUUGCUUAGAUACAUUCGUUUGAUCGAUAUUUUAUAUAACAUUGUAUCGAGUUUUAUAGCAAACACACAAGAAGAGAAGUUGCAUCGAAUUGAGUGAACUAUUUGUCAAAAUUCGAAUUCGAAUUAUGGCAAUAAUUAUCAAGGAUUAUCAAUGGCGUCAGACAGAGAAGAGGAUAAUAAUUUAUGUGCCUCUGAGAGGUCAUCCUAAAAAUGUACAUUUAUUCGUGAUAGACGAUUACGUAAAGAUUAGUUUUCCGCCAUUUAUUUUGGAAUUAUUUCUAUGGGCAAACGUGCUCGAGGAAGAGAGUGAAUGUACUUUGACAGAUACUGAAGCAAUCUUCUCUUUGCAAAAAGCGAGCGUGGCUUCUGACUGGCCAAACCUCGAGGUGAAGGACAUUAGCGAGGAGCAGAAACGCGAUUCUAGAAAACGAGCUUUAGAAAAAGCACAAGACGUUUCGGAUAAUCGUGCAAAAUCUAAAAGUGAAAAACGUCAAUAUUUGCAAAAAGAAGCCGUAAAAGUGCAAGUAAAUUUGGAUACUGAUACAUUAAAUAAAAUAGAAGCUUUAAGAGAUUCUCAGCGUAGAGGUGCAAUGCAAGAUUUUGAAGAAUGGCGAUCAAACGCGGAAAUGCCGAUUUUUCAGGAUAUUUCCGGCAAGGUGCAAGAGAAUAGAAAGGCAUACAGAGCUCCACUUAAAUGGUUCAAGGAUGAUCUUGGCAUCCUGCGAUCUCGAGAAAUCAACAAGAAAGAAAAAUUAAAUAAAGAACUAAAAGAAAUAAAAGAAAAACAACAAGACAGCUCAAUAGUUAUAGAAGAACUAAUUGUCGAAGAAAAUGUGAAGGAAACAUCAUCGAUUGAAGAAAAUCUGAAAAAAGAAUUAAUUGUUGAAAAAGAUACAAAAAAAACAUUAAUUAACGCAGAGAAUAUGAAAGAAAACUCAAUUAUUGGAAAAGAACUAAAGAAAGAAUUAAAUAUUAAAGAAAAAAUGGAGAAAGAAUUAACCGUUAAAGAAAACUUGAACACAGACUUAAUUGAUACAGCGAAUCUGAAAGAAGAUACAGUUCUCGAUGAAAAUAUUCAGAAAGAAGGGAAUACUUUAGGGAUAAAGGAGGCAACUUCGAGUAAGAGUUCCGAUCUUGAAGAACAGUUUUCUAGUUGUUCCGAGGAUUCCGAGUCGGAUUAUGAAAUGACAUCCUCCAGAUCUGCAACAAAGUCUUUAAUCAAGAAAAUGGAUCAGAAAUCUUCGCAAGGAUUCUAUAUGAAAAUGAAGAAACAAAAGCCAGAUCAGAAUUUGAUCGAUAAAGUACUGAAGGGUCAAUAUUACAAAAUGAAUCAGAUAUUUGAUGAAUCAGCGAAUGCAGUUCCACUUCCCAGAAGAAGCGGAACUAUCAAUAUAACUUUCUCUGAACGGGUCUUUCCUACUCCAGCCCGGGAGAGUUCUCUUAUUGAGGAACAGGAAUGGCUUUCCAAGCAAGCGGAAGCUAGAAGAAAAACUGGAUUUGUUGUCGAGGAUCUUCGCCCUGAAGAACAGGAUCCUCAAUGGUUAAAGGAUAAGGGCGAUGAUUUUUUCAAGGCGGGGAACUAUCUGGCUGCUAUCAGUGCGUACACGCAUGGGAUUAAAAUCAGUAACGAAAUGACGGCGCUCUACGUGAAUAGAUCGGCUGCGCAUUACGCUCUCGGAAAUUAUCACAGAUGCAUUGACGAUUGUUCUAAGGUAUUAGAACUGAUGGAACCAAAAUGUGAGAGUAACAGAGUAUCGAGAGCGAGAUGUCAUGCUCGACGGGGCGCUGCACUUUGCAAAUUGUCUGCACCGCAACACGGAAUCCCUGAACUAGAGGCUGCUCUGAGAUUAGACCCUAAUAAUGAGAGCAUUAAACACGACCUUCUCGCCGUUAAACAAUAUUUUAAUAUAAAGGAAUAAAGAUAGGGACAAAGGACAAUUAUAUCGAUUUAAAAAAAUGUUCCCUUUUGUCAUUAUAAGAACCUUUCGAUUUUUUUUUAUUUUAAGAAACAGGAAUCCUCUAAUCUAUAUAAUUCAUUUCCACUGUUUUCUUUUAAUUAAUCGUGCGUUAAGAAGAUUAUUGUCCUCAUAUUUAUUAUCCUUGUUCAAAGCUUACUAU